GACGUCGCGACGCUCGCUCGCGCUGCGCCCGUACACCCGGUCGCGCAUCCCACUCAACGUUGCAAUCGCGCUUUUCUGUUGACGGAACGUUACGAAAACUAUCUUGUGAAAGACAAUACAAAAGUAUGCUUUGAAUCAGUGCCGGUCCUAAAUGUAGCUUAGUGGUGAAUUAAACGAGAGUUGUAAACGAUUUUCUGCUCGGAAUCCUGAUAGCGAGCCUAAAACGGACUGCAGCCCAUUGAAACGCGCCGGAGCGCGUUUCUCGCGGGAUGGCGACGGACGUGGUGGCUGAGGACUUUGUCACCAUAGUUCCGGUAGGCGAGGGCCGGCCAGUGCCUAAGGAAAACACCUUCGUCACGGUACUCACAGUGGGUGCCGCUGCAGGGGCGGCGGAGGUCGUGGUGAGAAGAUCACGCGGGGAACGUCUUGGUCUUGGUCUUAAAUUUGAAGGUGGUUCAGCGGCCGCCGAAAAAGUGCGAAGGCUUUUGGUACAGUCAUGCGCUGAAGAUAGUCCUGCUGCUAAUGCUGUUACGCCCUGGGGCAAACUGAUACCUGGUGAUGAGAUACUAGCUAUAGAUGGCGUAUCAGUUUCUGAGUUGACAAGAAUAGAUUGCGUUAGACGACUUAAAGAUUCUGACGAGUCACUGACUCUUUUGGUGCGACACUUUGAGUCUCCGGGAAAUACUGAAGUAAAUAAUUCAGAUAUUUCAGAAAUGGCAACGAAUACGAAAGUGGUUACAGAAUUAGUAAGACCAACAACGUUGCCUCCACCAGUACCUCCUAGAAAACUUGGCAAGAAAAACUCAUUUAAGGACAAGCAAACGCUUCAAACUGUAGGAGAACAAAAUACUGUAAAUAACGAUGUACAUAUACUUGGCGAAAAAGAGCCCACGACUAAUGGCCAGCACAACGGAAUGACCACAAUGACAAAAUUAUCACGAAAGUCUUCAUUUGAUAGUCAUAUCCAUCGCCAAUCUAAGGAAGGUAUAGCUUGCCUAAAGAAGGGAUCUCCUGAAGAAGUAAGACGUCUUGUACGUCGAUUGUCUGAUGGUAAAGCAAUGCCUCCAGAAGCUGAAGUCUACAUUGAUUUAUUGUCAACAGAGUGGGAGCGAUGUCUUCUACUUGCUGAUGCCGAAUCUGAUGAUACUGGAAGUUCAAUAUCAACUGUAGUUGAUCGUUUAGGUUCCAUGGCAAGUUCUGUAGAAAAUAGUAUACCCUCUACACCAAUCAUGCAACCUAAAACAAUUGAUCUGCAAAAAGUUUUAAACUGUGUAGAAAAUAUUGACUCAAAUAUUCUAAAAGAUAUCACAAGUAGUAAGUUCUUGGAAAAGCAAACAAAUAAAGAAUUGACAGUAUUAGAAAAAAAUACGAUAGCAAAUGGUUUUAAUAAUCAUGAAAACUCAAACCAAGUGUCACAAAUUUCAGAAGAACCUAUACCAUCACCAAAGAAAUUACUGCAAAAUGACAAGAACAACAACAACACUCUAGUUCAGAAUACCAGUCCCGUUGAAGUCACUCAUCAAUCACAAACAAAAAAGGAAAUAAAGAUUGAACCGUUAAUUGAGAAACCUAAGCCGAUGCCAAGAAACGCAAAAGUUGAGCGAUCGGUCAGUGAAAAAAAGCUAAGACCAAUUCCCGUGCCAGAAACUCCGCCGCCUCCUGUACCUGAACCUUUAUUGACUCCAACCAAAAAGAAUUGCAUAGAAACGUGGUUGCAACGUUCUGAAGCUGAAAUGAAUAAUAAAAGUAUUGAGAAAGUCGAAGAAAACGCUUUGCCUGAAGCCUUACCUCGGCUUAUAGAUUUUGUGCCUAAGCCACAAUUCAAGGAGAGAGAGCCAAAUGAUGUCCCAUUGACGCGGCCGACCACUGCACCACCUCCUCCACCGCCAGCGCCUCCGGUGGAGACCCGGGAAGAUGGCUCUGGGGCAUCCCUCGACACCAUCGGUGAACUGGAUGAAUCAAUCGACGUCACCGAUAACGUGAAACCGAUUGCGAUAGAAAACGAAACGAAAGAUAGAAAAACGUUCGAGAGGAGCUUUUGGGAAGAUCGUAUCAACAAAAGUGAUGCGGAAGACAAAAGCCUCUCAAAUGAUGAAACACCAUUACCUUCGUGUCCGCGGCAGCCACCCGAUGGAGUGGAAACUCCAUCAGAUGCCGUUGAGAAGAUACUUGAACCUCCGACGCGUCUACCGCCACGCCUGACAGCUGGGUGGCCCACUGCCACUGGCACACGAUCCCGUUAUUCUUAUUCAUCAAGAUCCCAAGAUGCAAGGAGUGAAGCAAGCGUUAAGGACAAAAUUGCGAUGUUCUCAAACGGACGCGCCACUUCUUCGGAACGCUUGGAUAAAUGUGGAACCUUACCCACACGAGUACUUUCCACUGUGAGAAAAAGUACAGUCGCUUAUACAAGCAGCUAUCCUGAAGUUUCAUCUUUAGACCGACGACUUACAAAGUCACAGGAUAAUUUGGAUGAAACACCUCGAUCUUAUAAGAAGCAGAUAUCUGUAGAUAGACCUGAAGUCUUAGGUGCCAUUGAAAGCACGGGAGCGAGCACCUUCAACAUGACAAGAAAUAAUAAAUCUCAUCAGGUUGAAAGCAAACCUUUCUUCUAUGGGAGUACCACUACGUUACCAUCGAGUAUAGAUACAUCAUUUAAACAACCAAUUUACCAUGCACGAAGCAUAAGUGAUGAUAAUACAAAUGCAAAAACUUCUGUACAUAAAUCGAAUUUAGAGUACUUAAUUGAGCAAAGGAAAAAAUGCAUGUCAAAACUAAAAGAUUUAGUGAUACCUGAAGUACAAACUCCAAUAAUCGAUUUACCUGAAAUUAAAGUUCAAGAUACUUUUACGAAGUCAUUCCUUGCUAAGCCUAAUCAAACUAACAUUAGCAACCAAGACAGUAAAGCGAAUAACAACACACCGGCAACUGCAAAUGAGAUAAAAUGGAAAGCAAACCUUUUGCCAAACAAUCUGCCCAAGUAUUCACCUGCGUUUAAACGAAAAUCUUUACAGGUGUAUACUCCAUCCUCACUAUCAAAGGAAUCUACGCCAGAACGUAAAUUUAAUGAUAAGGUGGACCUUAUUAAUAAAAUGAAUACUCAUUCAUAUGUAGCAAAGCCUUUUAGAACGUCGUUUGAUGUAAACAGUGAACAUGUAAGGUUAGGUUCAUCUACGUUACCUUCAAAAACUACAUUGCAAAAUGUUGGUAAUAUGCCAAAAAAAGAAUAUAAAGAUAUAAUGAAUUAUGUGAGAGAUUAUAAAAAUGUUGAGAUUAAAAUAUGUACAGCUACUGAUGUUGUAGAUAGUGACAAUGAUUCUGCAAUGAGUUCAACACAGUCUAGCUACAGAUCAUCAGCAUCAUCACCCAUGCAUAAUCUUGACACCAUUGAAUCUGAUAGUUCACGUCUCUCUCCAAGAAUAUCACAUUACACGCCUUAUUCACUUAUCAAAACUGACGCUCCCACUAAGUCUUCGGUAGUUGAGAAGAGUUGUGAGGAAUAUAUGAAGCGAAAAGUCUGUCGAUCUGUAUCAUCUGAUACGAAUGUAUCACUAAGCUCAUCAGCAGGAUCAGCAGCGACUUCCGGCUCCCAAGCUAGUUGCAGUUCCCUUGAAAGUUCUGUUGCUGACUCAGAUAAGAGAAAAGUUUCAAAAACGUAUAAUAUCGAUACAAUAAAUAGGAGAAAUAUUCUAGCUUCAGCAAAAUGUCGAAGUGGUAGAGACGCGAAGCUCAAAUCUCCUGUUAUUGAAACUAAAUUCUCACACGAGUCGUACGACAGGUCUCCAAGUCCGACCGAUAAAGUCUCUGAUCGCCUUUCUACGCUCACGUCAUCAGUGAGUGCCGUAUCUAAUAAAGGCGAAAAUAGACGACGUAACAAAAUAAUAGCCGAAUCUGAUUCUGAUAGUGAUUGUGAUAUCAAUGUUCGACAAAGAAAGACUGAUUUUAAAAAUACGAGACUAAAGCGGAAUUCAAGUUCAGCAAAUAAAGCUAAACCAAACGAGAUUAAUUCAGAAGCACCGAAAAUAGAAGAUGGGCCUAAAGUUAUCUCGGAGAAAAUUAUAAAGGAAAUCAAAAAAGCAGGAUUGGACAACUUUAACAGUAAGGUUACUAAGUCAGCAGAUAAAAUUAAUAAUGAGCCCAUAAUUAAGCAGAGUAUGACAAAAACGAAGCAAGAAACGAUUAAAAAGACUGCAAUUAUUGACACUCCGAUACAAAAUAAACAAAAUGAUGUUGAAAAACCGGUUAUAUUACCGCAGGAUACAAAAGUACAUGUAAACAAAAAGAGCGAUGUCAUUGCUGUUGACAAAAUCGACGGCCCAGCAGAAGAUAUUAAGAUACAGACUCAUACGAUACGACUAAAGCGUGGCGCCGGUACUGGCGUUGGUCUUAUUUUAGCUGGUGGAAUAGAUUGUGAAGCUAAGGACGUUACGGUUCAUAGAGUUUUGGCUGAUAGCAUCGCAGCAAAGGCCGGACUAAAGCGCGGAGCUAAAGUGCGAAGUAUCAAUGGCUUCGCUAUGACUGGAAUAACACAUGCUCAGUCUGUUACUAUACUAAAGGAACAACGUACAGAAGUUGUUAUUGAAAUAGAGAACGAAACUCAAGAAAUCGCAAGAGGAACAGGGUGCGGCUCUGAAAAUGCGGAGUCGAAGGUCCGACAAGAGGAGGAGGCUGAGGAUAGCGCCGGAGUGGUGUCGGUGGUCUUAGAAAAGGCCGGAGGGGGCGCAGGCCUAGGCUUCGGCCUCGACGGAGGCCGCGACUCGCCGCAUGGAGACCGACCGCUCACGAUCAAGAAACUGUUUGCAGGAGGUGCCGCCGCCCAGUGUGGCCGAGUGCUGGUAGGUGCGGAGUUGCUUUCGGCGGGCGGGCAAUCCAUGGAAGGGUUCACCAGAACACAGGCCUGGGCCGCCCUAAAGUCACUCCCAGUCGGCCCCGUCACGCUCGUGCUCCGAAACCCAAAGACCACAUAACUUAUUCAUCAGAAACAACUGACAAACGUGAAGGUUUGAUUCAGCUUUUCGACUGCCGAAAUUACACGGAACUGUUCCGCCCGCCCACGGCCGAAUUAGCCCGGUGACACGUGAACACCUUUCAGAAUUUCGUUAACGCUCAGACUAACAAGAGUCAUUUGUUUGCGAAUGUUUGCCGAAGGAUAGAAAAUGCUGAUUGCUAACAAUGUUCAAUUUGGCGAAGUGCGAGAGAGGCGGCAAACGCUCCAGUAAAUCGCACCUACAGCCUCACUUCGUUAGUCAAUAAGGUGCUCGGGUUGGCGCGCUACACCUUGCCUCGAGUAAGUGGAAUAAACAAAUUGAGACUGAGACUGCGUCUAAUCUUUUUGUUGAGUUAUUUAUAAAUUCGUUAGAAUUAGUACUAGUCUGGGACAGUAGCUGUUACAGCAGUUAGCUGCAAUGACGUAGCGCUGGUACUUAAAGUACACUACGAGUUUCAAAAUUUCUUUGAUGUAGUUUUGAGUGCCAUCUUUUACAAAAAUCACUUUUAGAUCUGUAAUCGAAUGCAAGGACAUUUUUGUAAUUCAUAACGAACUACAUUAAAGAUUAUAUUGGUCUAAUAAGUUAUUAUUUAAAUUAUAAUUCAGAAUGCCUUUUACAUUCCUUUUCAACCUAAUAUAAUAAAAUAAUGAUACAUCUACAUAAAUAAUGUAUUCCAUGUAUGCCUAAACAUAAUAAUAUGCAAAAUCGUAACGUAUAGACUAACAAUAUAUGAACGUAUACAUACAGAUACUUAUUUACAUUUCAUAAAUAUCUAAAUAAGUUUGUGUAUAGUGUAAUAAUAGUCAAAAAUACCCUACAAUAGUCAAGACAUAAAAAUAAUUGUAAAUUGGUGCUAUUCGUUACAUUAGUGUGGAACAUGAAUAAAAUUUAUGUUACACUCUUAACCCUUUAAUAUAUUAUUCCUUUGAACGAUAUUAUUGGUAGAUAUUUUGUUUAUGUUUAUUCAGUUAUUAUAAAGACAAAUCAAUACAUAAUACUUAUACACAUAAUUUUUUUGAGCUUUCUCAGUGAACUUUGAAGUGAAGUGAAACUAAACUUUGUAGGACUGAAGUAAAAAAUAUUUGAUACAUAAUGUAUUUUUAUGCUUGCAUACUGUAGGGGAAGUACACAUUCAAUAUUUUUAUGCCAUGAUUAAAUUAUAAAAAGCCGUAUCUUACCAUAAUAUAUUUUAUCGUAUUAUUAAUCUUAGACUUUAUUUUAAUCUGCUAUUUAUAAGUUGGCAAGUGUAAAUAUUUGUUUUUUUAUUAUUAGUUUUGUACUAAUUCUUGUCAUAGUUAUAGUCUGUGUAUACUUUUAACAUCGAGAACAUCAACGAAAUGUUAUUAUCUACCUGUUUAAUAUAAAAUAUCUGUAUUUCUGAUUGAAAUAAAAUAUACUCUUUAUACAUGAA